CGCGCUAUGGCGCGAAAAGACUCCCAAUUCCAAAAAUCCAGUGCGACAUUAGGGUUUCACCUCACAUGCUACCGGUAGUCUGGGCACUGCUGCUUCCUCUCCCCCACCGCAACGAUGUCCGGAUUUUCAGACCAGCUCGAAGAAAUCAAAUCCCUGAUAUCUUCAGCCGCCACCAAAGCAAACAAGUCCUUCGCCUACUCCACCCUCUUACACCUCCAGCAGCAAUCCUCCGACUGCGACGAUUCAAUUCAAAUGCUUGCGCGGAGCUGCCGGAGCCUCAUCCGUCCGACCGUCGCCGAUGUUCGGAACAAUGACGAAGAAAUUGCAACUCAGGCAUUGAAAUGCUUGGGCUUUAUGAUAUAUCAUCCGUCCAUCGUUGCCGAAAUCGCAGCGGAUGAUGUCAAAUUUGUUUUAGAUUCACUGGCAAAGCUCAUUACAACCACAAAAAUGAAGUCUGUUUGCAAUUUAGGGGUGUGGUGCAUAUCUAUCCAACAAUUGAGUACACCACUUUUAGCUGCCCAUUUCCAUUAUCUUUUGCUUGCGAUUGUUCAUGCCAUUGACAAUCCUAUCGGUUCUUUGUCGACUACUUUUGAGGCUAUUCAGGCUGUUAUGAAGCUGGCAACUUUGUUAAGUGAGAAUAUGAGAGAGAUGUCGCAUAUAUGGGCUCCUCCAGUAUAUAGAAGACUCCUUAGCUCUGAUAAGAGGGAGAGGGAUAUGUCGGAGAGUUGUUUAUUGAACGCUAGGUCUACAAUAUUACCCCCUCCGCUAAAUCUUUCCAAGGCAGUUGUCAAAGAUUUGAAGCCAAGGUUGCUUACUGGGAUGCACCACAUGCUAACCAAUGGCAUGAAGGUUCAAACUAUUCAAGCAUGGGGAUGGUUUAUCCGCUUACUAGGAUCUCAUGCGUUGAAGAACAGGCAGUUAAUUAAUCAGAUGCUAAAAAUUCCCGAGCAGACAUUUUCAGAUCAUGACUCACAAGUUCAAAUUGCUUCACAAGUUGCCUGGGAAGGUCUUAUUGAGAAUGCAGAGUGCAGAGUGCAUCUUGGAGCUGUUGAGAAAGGGAUAGUUUGGCUGUCUCAGUACUCUCAGCUUCUACUUUGACAGUUUCCUGUGUAAAGAAAUGUAGAGCCCCAAAUGUUUGAGCUGGCCAUAUGUUAUGUACAUAACUGAAUUACUUAUGUUUUCUGUAUUAUAUUAAUUAUGGUACAAGAUUACUUUGUAGACUAGAGCCCACACUAAUAUUAAAUUUUGGUUUCCUUAUGGGUGAAA